AUGGCCGCGGUGGGGGUGCCGUGGGCCGAGGCGCGGGCGCGGUUCUUCAGCCGCGGCCCCAACAAGGCGGCGCUGGACGCCAUCGAGCGCGCCGCCUUCUUCAUGACCCUGGACGAGGAGGAGCACGGCCACGAGCCCGCGCGGCCGGCUUGCAUGGACGCGUACGCCAAGUCCCUGCUGCACGGCCGCUGCUACGACCGCUGGUUCGACAAGUCCUUCACGCUGGUGGUCUACAAGAACGGCAAGGUCGGGGCCAACGCCGAGCACUCGUGGGCCGACGCCCCAUCGUGGGGGCACCUCUGGGAGUUCAUGCUGGCCACGGACAAGUUCCAGCUGGGCUACACCGAGGGGGGGGCCACUGCAAGGGGGACCCCCCGGCGGCAGCUGGCCCCCCCCCAGCGCCUGCAGUGGGACAUCCCUCCCGAGGGCGUGGUGGCCAUCGAGGCGUCGCUGCGCGUGGCGCGGGCGCUGGCCGAGGACGUGGACUUCUGCUGCUUCCAGUUCUCCACCUUCGGCAAGGGGCUCAUCAAGCGCUGCCGCACCAGCCCCGACGCCUUCAUCCAGAUCGCCCUGCAGCUGGCCCACUUCCGCGACAAGGGCUCCUUCUGCCUGACCUACGAGGCGUCCAUGACGCGGCUGUUCCGCGAGGGCCGCACCGAGACCGUGCGCUCGUGCACGGCCGAGUCCACGGCCUUCGUGCGCAGCAUGGCCGACAGCCGGCGCAGCCGCUCGGAGCGGCAGCAGCUGUUCCGGGUGGCGGCCGAGAAGCACCAGCAGCUCUACCGGCUCGCCAUGACCGGCUCGGGCAUCGACCGCCACCUCUUCUGCCUGUACCUGAUGUCGCGGUACCUCGGCAUGCAGAGCCCCUUCCUGGCCAAGGUGCUGGCGGAGCCCUGGCGCCUCUCCACCAGCCAGACCCCGCAGCAGCAGCUCAAGAUGUUCGACUUCGAGAAAUUCCCCGACCACGUCUCCAGCGGCGGCGGCUUCGGCCCCGUGGCAGACGAUGGUUAUGGGGUGUCCUACAUCAUCGCCGGGGAGAACCUCAUCACCUUCCACGUGUCCAGCAAGUUCUCCAGCCCCGAGACGGACUCGCAGCGCUUCGGCCGCAACAUCCGCCAGGCCAUGCUGGACAUCGCGGCGCUCUUCGACAAGCCCCCCCCCGCCGGGAAGUGACCCGGGGGGGCCGCGGGACCCCCGCGCUCUGGGGGGCCGGGGGGGCGCGGCCCUGGCCCUGCUCCCAAUAAAGGCUCUCGGUGUGACCCCGCUGUGCCUCGGGGUGGGACCCCCGGCGGUCAGGGGGGGCCAGGGCUGGAUCCGCGGGGUGCCGGGGGUGGAUCCACGGGGUGCCAGGGCUGGAUCCACGGGGGGUCCUCGGGGGGGCACGGUGGGCACCGGCGGGGGCCGGUGAAGGCAUCAAAAGGGCCGUGCCUGGGGCGGUGACCCGGCUGGUCCGUGCCCAGCCCCAUCCCAGUGACCCGUGCCAGCCCCAUCCCGGUGAUCCGUGCCCAUCCCAGUGACCCGUGCCCAUGCCGGUGGUCCGUGCCCAUCCCCAGACCCGUACCAGCCCCAUCCCGGUGAUCCGUGCCCAUUCCGGUGACCCGUGCCCAUCCCGGUGGUCCGUGCCCACCCCCAUCCCGGUGAUCCGUGCCCAUCCCGUGCCCAUGCCCAUCCCAGUCAUCCGUGCCCAUUCCAUACCCAUACCCGGGUCGGUCCCCAUCCCGGUGAUCUGCUCCCAUCCCCAUCCCCGUGCCCAUCCCCGUGCCCAUCCCCGUGCCCAUCCCCGUGCCCAUCCCCGUGCCCAUCCCCGGGCCUGUCCCUUUCCCGGUGAUCUGUCCCCGUCCCGUGUUUCCGUGCCAGUCCUGUGCCUAUCCCGUUUCUCCGAGCCUGUCCCCGUACCCAUACCAGUCCCCGUUCCAGUCCCCGUCCCGUUUCUCCGUGCCAGUCCCCGUGCCUGUCCCCGUCCCGGCGCUCCGUGCCAGUCCCUUUCCCGGUGCCCGUGCCAUGUCUCGGUGCCAGUCCCGUGCCCAGCCCGUGCCAUGACGGGGGUGCGCAGCGGGGCACGGCGGCACGGGCGGGCCCUGCGCAGAGCCCUUGGGCCGUGUCCGGCCCGGGGGUCGCCGCGCCCCGGGUGGCACCGCGCUGGCACCGCGCUGGCACCGUCCCCUCCCCGCCGCCGCCGCCCGCAGC